GGUAAUGCAGAUGGUAAAAUUGUGUUAUUUUCGUCAAUAAAAACAUGAAAUGAUCGAUACGACUCUUUCUACUUCAACACCAAAAGAAGAAAAAAAAUAAAGAUAUACAUAUCUCCCUUCUUCUCUCGUUUCAUAACAUGUCAUUCAUCGCUGCACCCAAUCUUCACUCUUCAUACUCAAACAUGGCACUAGAAAGCUCUAAAGUUAAGUUCGGAAUUCUCGGUUGUGCCGAGAUCGGGAGAAAAUUAGCCAGAGCAAUUACGCUAGCACCUAACUCGGAUCUUUGUGCUGUAGCUAGUCGUUCGGUCGAAAAGGCCAAGAACUAUGCUAUAACAAAUGGGUUUCCAUCAACUUCAAAGGUUUAUGGAAGUUAUGAACAGCUGCUUGAUGACCCAGAUAUUGAUGCUGUUUAUGUACCACUUCCUACUAGUUUACACCUAGAGUGGGCUGUGAAAGUUGCUGAGAAGAAGAAACAUUUGUUGUUGGAAAAACCAGUUGCUUUGAAUGUGAAUGAGUUUGAUGUUAUUUUCAAAGCUUGUGAAGAUAAUGGUGUUCAGUUCAUGGAUGGUACUAUGUGGAUGCACAAUCCAAGGACUUUGAAAAUGAGAGAGUUUCUGGAUGAUUCUGAAAAGUUUGGUGAACUGAGAUCUGUGCACAGCAUCUUCACAUUUACUGCUGAGGAUGAUUUUCUCAAGAAUGACAUUCGAGUGAAGCCGGAUCUUGAUGCACUUGGAGCACUAGGUGAUGUGGGAUGGUACUGCAUCAGGUCCAUCUUGUGGGCGGCCAACUAUGAGUUGCCAAAAACAGUUACUGCACUUCGUGGACCCAUUUUUAAUGAUUCAGGAGUAAUCCUCGCAUGCGGCACAUCUUUACAAUGGGAAGAUGGCAAAGUGGCCACCUUCCAGGCCUCCUUCCUUACUAAUCUCACCAUGGAUGUUACUGCACUAGGAACAAAAGGAACUCUGCGUCUGCACGAUUUUGUCAUUCCUUUCCAAGAAACCUCUGCUUCCUUUACAGUUGCCUCAAAGUCAGGCUUUGAAGAACUUGUGACAGGAUGGGUGCCAGUGCCCAGUGAGCACAUUGUUCCAACUGAUCUCCCACAAGAAACUCGAAUGGUUAAGGAGUUCUCCAGCUUGGUCACAAGUAUUAAGGAAGCUGGCGCAAAACCAGAAACAAAAUGGCCAAUAAUCAGUAGGAGGACACAAUUGGUUCUCGAUGCAGUCAAGGCAUCGAUUGAUAAGGGUUUCGAGACAGUCGAGAUUUGAGGCUUAGUCUAGGUUAUCCUGCUGUUCAUUUUAAAGUCUGUGCUUGAAUUUCUUAAGUUUUUCUUUAUUGGAUCAUUGGAACCUCAAUUUGAUGGAACUUUGUCUGAAUCUUUUUAAGUAGCUUUGUUUAAUCUGGUAUGCAGUACAUAUGUUGUUGAACCCAAUAGCAAUAAUAACACUGACACUUCUGAGUGCAUUCUAAAGCA